AGCAAUCCAGAAAAAGUGAGAUUAACAGAAUAUUAGCCAUUUCGGACGUCUCACGCGUUACUUUACCAUCGAGAAAUAUAUGAUAAGAUUUCAAGGGACAUUCAUUGGCGAUAUUAACGGUUUGAGACUUUGAUUUUAUAUGAAAACCAUUGCCGCUCAACCAUGGUAACCGGGCGUUUAUUACCUGAAGUCCAAAAAGGACAUCGGUGCGCUACCUUUCCCAAGCAAAUCAUGCCGACAGAGGUAGAUAGACAAUUCUAAAAAUGGCAUAAUACCGUAAAAUGCGUCCUAUGGUAAUAAAGGGGGAAGCAAAUUCUCGGAAUCGGUGCGUUUCGUACCUAAUGACACCGAUUUCCUGCGCUUCGCUCCUGAACGUUCUUCAGAAGAAGUAUACCUGACUAAUUUUCCCGGAGUAACCAAUCAGAGACUAAAAAAGACAUGCACAGUGACAUCUUUUUUUGACUCUUACUUGUACCCACGCUUCCGCGUCGCAAAAUUCAGACAGAAUUCCAAAAACCUUCGGACGCAAUACAUCGCCAUCGCAGAGUAUUCCUCGAAGAACCAAGUGCAAGUAUAAUCAAGACCCGUUCUUUACAAAGUGUUAACUGUAAGACCAUCGUCCUUCCUAAAAAUGGAGCAGCAUAGGAAUGAUUCUCAAUGUAUUGAUAGUAGUGAUGAUGGGCUGGAAGUUGAAGAGUAUAACGAAAGUGCGAACAAUUCGUGUAUGUAUGACUCUCUACAAGAUAUUGAAAGUGACGCCAGUGAUUGUAUAGCUCCUCCUAAGAGACGGAAUGUAGCAAGAACUGUUAGUGGAAGUGAGGAGAGUCAAGACGAUGAAGAAGAAGAUUCUGGAGAAAGAGGAAACUCAAAUAACAGUGAGGAAUGGGAAGACGUCACAGAAAAAGACGAUUUGCCAUUUAGUUUCGCAUUCAAAACUUCUCCCCGAACAGCAGGACCACAAAUAUCUCGGGACGUGAUAAAACCACUGCACUUCUUCAAGUUAUAUUUCACGGACAUAUUGAUGGACCAAAUAAUAAAGGAGACCAAUAAAUACGCAAGAAAGAAGAUCAAUGAAAAACAGUUGGCUAGCAAUUCAAUUUGGCAUUCGUGGUUCGACGUUACCCGUGAAGAGUUCAUGGCUUUCAUCGGCGUAAUUCUUAACAUGAGAACAAUGCCACUUCCAAAUAUAGCGGAGUAUUGGUCAACUAGGAGCAACAGCAGAAUUCCUUUUUAUUCGCAAACAUUCACAAGAGAUAGAUUCCGGCAAAUUUUUUGGAUGCUACACCUACGAACCGAUGCAUCGUCUGAUACAUCGCUGAAAACCCGCACUAGGAAGGCGGACGACUUUCUCCAAUACAUCAACACAAAAUUUGCUGAACAUUUCACACCUAGCAAGGAUAUUUGUAUCUACGAGUCGAUAGUAAAAUUUAAGGGCAGGAUUGCGUUAAUCACGUACAACCCCAAAAAACCAACUAAAUGGGGUAUAAGGAUUUAUGUAUUGGCUGAUGUGAAAACCGGAUAUGUAUAUUCAAUUUUGCCGUAUUAUGGAAGUUUGACGACCGAAACUUUAGAGAAACCAGAACUUCCAAUUAGUUCCAGAAUUCCAUUGACACUCAUAAAAAAACUUCUCAACAACGUUCCAAACGCAGAGGGCUACCACCUGUAUACAGACAGAUUUUUUACAAGUAUUCCGCUUGCGGAUGAGCUUUUCAAGAUGAAGAUCCAUUUGACAGGAACAAUAAUGCCAAACCGGAAACACUUGCCAGCUCAAAUUAAAAAGCCUAGAUUUUUAAUAAAGUCUACAGUAGCAUACAAGAAGAAUAAUACACUAGUCCUCGCGUGGAAGAGCAAACGGAUAGUGACUUUCCUGAGCACCAGCGAAACAACAAGUCUCCAAAACACUACAUCAAGAAUACGCGGUGGUGAUAAAAUAAAUAUAUUAAAGCCAGUUAUAGCCGUUAAUUACGCGAAAAAAAUGAGACCCGUGGAUCGCGCUGACCAAUAUGCAGCAUCGUACUGUUUUUUGCGAAAGUCGUUAAAAUGGUGGCGUAAAUUGUUUUUUUGGGGUAUGGAGAUGUGCGUGAUCAACUCCUAUAUUAUGUACAAAACGAUACAAGAAACCAAUAAUGAAAAACCGCUAAAUCAUUUGAAUUUCGUGAAGUGUUUGGUUGACGAGUUGGUAGGAACAUUCCGACAGGGAACACCAUCUGGAAUACAGCCGUCCACAUCUUUUGUAGACAAUAGGUUAGAUAAUAAGCUGCAUAUAAUGCGUUCAGGGACCAAAAAAGAUUGUGCAGUAUGUUCCGACAGGAAAACCCCCGGCAAAAGGCGAGAAACACGCACAUAUUGUGUCACUUGUUUUCGGACGCCAGGGCUUCAUAUCGGCGAUUGCUUUGAAAAAUAUCAUACGUUAUCAAAUUACAAAAGCUAAAUUUUUCCGUUUUUAUGUACUUUAAGCGAUAUUAAACAUUACAAAUCAGCAUCAACAUAUUGUGUGUUUUUAAAUGUAGAUAUACCCACCUUAAACCCACCUAAUAAUGACUCCGAAAAGCUAAAUUUGCCCCGACUACUAGCCGAAAAAUCUGCCGACUGCAAAGGGUUAAGCCUGUUCCUGCCAUCCGAGAUUCAUUAGUCUGUGAAGAGGAAGGUGUCACGUUAUCAUGCAAGUCCAAGACUAAGGAAGAUUCAUUCGAUCGGGAUUGAAGAUUAUUAAAAGAAGAGAAAGAUCCUAGAAAUUCCUGGUAUGACAUCCCCAACGACUACAAUCCCUGAACCACAUAGACCCGGCUUACGACUAUUUUUAGCGCGCACGAAUUUUUUUAAGAAUGGCAGCAUUUUACAAAGUGAAUCUCUUGCCUGUCCGUCGGUAAUCGGUAGUCCGCAAUAACUGGAAUUGCUGGUCCACAACAACUGCAACCUGCUGAUCCGCAACAAUAAGUCUGUCACAAUCACUUUGUUUAAAUUUGCAAUUACUUACAACUAACACCUUUUAAAAUUUAUCCUUUCUUCUGAACUGUCCCUUUUUGAAUUAUGCCACCGCUGUCACCAAAAAUGUUGCGUGUACCGUUCGCGGUUUAGAGAAUUUAAGGUGUGGGUAGGUUCACCCGUGGAGCGCUCAGACGUUCUGCUCGCGGUGUGCAGAAUUAAUUCAAACAAAAUUUUAAUUGAAUAGACAAUGUCCAACUAUUUAUUCAAAAAGUAGCAAAGUAUUAUAAUGAGAGCGAACUGGAACGUAUGAAUGAUAAAAUUCGGAUCGAUGCCCCUUCCUUGCUGGAUUCUGGAUCCUCCCUUAGGACCAUUCCUUGUCCAAUGGUGGAGGAGUCCAUCCCGUCCGAUGUGGGCCCCUUCUUCCGGCUGUGGUCCACCCUCAGCCGCGUGGUGAUGGAGGCACUCUAAGACGCGGGAACGUAACAGCGCACAUGUGCUUAGAGAAAGCGUGGGACCCAGAGAAAACGAAAAACACCAAGUCCUUGUACUAGCGAAAAUUCGACCCUCGAGUAAAGACAGGAUAUUCGUAAAAGAUUUCGAAGCUUUCAAGGACCGUGCGUGACUUAGUCAAAAACAGCGAAUUUGAUACGGUUUCUAAUAAAUUAAUCCUUAAAGAAUUUCGAAGUGAAGCUAUGUUUAUUCUCUGGAUUCCCAAUCUUUUCCUAGCGUGAACACCCACGUCGAGUGGCUUUAACAAUAUAAGCUUUGUCUUAUACAUGAACGCACGCUUAGAUGGUUUGAAUUUCGCUCCUAAUCUAUGGCCAUUGAUAUAACAAAAUACAGACGUGCUGUAAAUAUUUUCAUGUCCUGGUCGCCAUACUACAUUAACCAUAUUCAUGACGAUAACAAUAUACGUUACACUUUACGAAAGCAUAUCCAACAUACUAAUUCUUCUUAUUGUAAAGACAUUAUUCUGUUAUUCAUGAUACAUAAACAUUUUUAUGUCUCUAAAUUAUACUCUUGAAAACUUAAAGUUAAUUUUAAUAUCAUACGCGCCGCCACUUAGAACGCUAAUGUCGCUCUUCACAUGCGUAUCUUGUAUUCUUUUUAUCAAUGCACACAAGGAAAAUAUCGUAAUGUUACAUUCCCGUAAAAAUUCCCGCCGUUUUCACAGCAUUAAGAGAAGUAUCAGCAAAGGACAGCAAAUCCCUUUUCUUUUCAGGUUAAAAAACCGAUAACAAUAUGACUGAAAUAGAAGAUCAUUCAUUCAGUUAUCUCUUUCAAAUCAAUUGUAAGUGGUGAGUACGCUCUCCAUUUACAAUCGAGUUGUGAUAUCCUUAUUGUUAUAUACUAUAUGUUUACGUAUUUUACUUUUUAAAUUAUGAAACAAGUUUAUGUUACUAUUUUUGUUGUAAC